UCGUCCUUGUGAAUAGCCUACGAAAGCGAGAGAUCCCGGAGGAAAUUCCUUGGUGCCCCCCAAAGUCGCCGGUCUUGGGAGGUUGCACGCGUAGUUUUGCUAGAUAUAUAUUCCACCCGCGCCUCCCUGAUCGAUCGCUCAUAGUUUAGCCGAACCGAACACCGAAGACUUUGACCCCGCGAUCGGCGAUCCAACUGCCGCACCAGGUUUAUUAUUUCCCCGCCCCGCAAGGCGCAAGCUCUUCCCACAACUUUCCUCCCUAGCCAGCUCCGCCCUCUCCUUCCUCCUCCAGCCGAAAGCAGCAAUGGUGAGGCUGGGGCCUCUGGCCGCGCAGCACGCAGGAGCGUUCGCCCACGACCUGGGGCUGGGGAGCCCCGCGGCGCUCGUGGCCUUCGCUGUCGUGGCGACGGUGGCGGUGGCCGCCGUGGCCGCCUUCGGCUGCGCCAAGGGGGCCAAGAAGCCGCACCGGCAGGACAACAACAACGUCUACUACUACGGCCAGGGUUACCCGCCGCCGCCUCCCGCCGGGGCGUACGGAUACCCGGCGCAGCAGCCGCCCCCGGGCUACGCGUACCCGCCGCCGCCCGUCGACGCCGGGAGGAAGCAGGGAGGGCGCAUGGGUGCCGGCGCGGGGCUGGCCCUCGGCGCAGGCGCCGGCCUGGCCACCGGCGUCAUCGUCGGCUCGGCGCUCAGCUCCGGGUGCGGAGGAGGCGGUGGGUGCGGCGGCGGUUGCGGUGGCGGCUGCGGCGGUUGACUUGAUCGUACCACGACGUGCUUAUCGGCUUGCCUUGGUGUGCGUAGUGGUUAGACAGUUGGGGCUUUGAUAAUUGUAGAUACUGCUACUACUAUACCGUCGCGUGUGAUGAUGGGCGUGACUCUAUGUCCACUUGUUUAAUUAUUACUACGUGAUGAGUAUAUUGUGAAAGCAGCAUGAUUUGGGGCGUGCAUGCAUGCCGUUCUUUUCCAUGUAACAAAUGAUGAUCAAGAAUUCAAGAUAGACACGGAAAUGAAAAUGCUGGUUUGAUUGCAGGACAAGAUA